CUGGGCGUCGGGGGACCUACACACUCGCACACCCACACAAAGAGCGGCUCGGAGCUGAGGGCCGCGAGCUGCUGGCUGGCUGGCUCGGGGUCUGAACUGUGCCUCCCCCGACCAGUGCCUGGGCUUGUCGCCCCCAGCCUCUCUUGCCCAUGGCUCCGAUGGGGCCUCCGCUCCAGCCCUGAACCCGAGACCCUGGAGAACCGACAUGCUGCAGCUGCCCCAGGAAGGCUGAUCGAGGAGAAAGAGUGCCCAGGAGUGGCGAGAAGCGGGGGACACCUGAGGGUGCUAUGGGAUGGACGAGGAAGAAGAGAACAAAUAUGUGUCCCAGCUUAAGGAAGUCUACAGCAGUUGUGAUACGACUGGCACGGGAUAUCUGGGCAAAGAAGAACUGACAGAGCUGUGCCAGAAGCUUCAUCUGGAAAGACAGCUGCCUCUGCUUUUGCAGACACUUCUUGGGAAUGACCACUUUGCCAGGGUAAACUUUGAAGAAUUUAAAGAAGGACUUGUGGCUGUAUUGUCAUCAGAUAUCGAUGUCAGCACCUCUGAUGAAGAUAGUAGCUACUUGGAACCAGAUUUUCAAAAUUAUCCACAGUUAAGUGGCUCAAAUGCUGUGCCUGAUGCUCUACCCCUCAAACCAGCUGAGGAUGAAUUUCCCAGCACUCAACUGUGUGCCCCUGUUCAAAAAGCUGGCACAGAUGACGUUCAACCAAAAUAUGUGAAUGGAGCCAAGCGUUAUGGUCGUCGGUCCCAACCAGAGGUACGAGAUCCUGAGACUGAAACCAAGUUUUUGCAAGAACAGCAAGUAAAUGCCAGUGUGAAAAGCCCACUGAGGCGCUCAGCCUCUCUGGAGAGUGUCGAGAGUCUCAAGUCAGAUGAAGAAGCUGAAAGCGCUAAAGCACCUCAGAAUGAGACUUUUGAAACACAAGGCCAAACCUGGAACCCUGAGAUAUUUGGGAAUUUCCCAAAGUCCCCUAAUGCUUCCUUAGAUGUAACUGAGAACCAGGUGCGGGGAAUCUGGGAAGAACUUGGAGUGGGGAGCAGUGGUUAUCUAGAUGAGGAGGAACUGGAAACAGUUUGUAAAAACAUUGGACUGCAGGAACUUGAAAAAGAGGAACUUGAGGAUUUGUUUAAUAAGCUGGACCGAGAUGGUGACGGCAGAGUUAGUUUUAAAGAGUUCCAGCUUGGGGUGUUCAGUCACGGUCCCUGUUCCAUCCCUGGAUCUUCCACUCCCAUCAGACCUAACAACCACUGGCCACAUCACCAGGUCUAUGAGGAGAAUGGCUGUAGAACCUCCACUACUUCAUCCCUUCUGUCCCUUUGCAUGGAUGUGCACCUCUUCUCCAGCAUUGAUGAUGGCACUGGGUUUGCCGUUCCUGAGCAAGUCAUAGCCCUUUGGGCACAAGAAGGCAUAAAGAAUGGCAAGGAGAUCUUGCAGAACCUUGACUUCAACAUGGAAGAUAAGGUGAACCUUUUGGAACUGACAUGGGCCUUUGACAAUGAGUUGAUGACUAGUGGUGGAAUUCAGCAGGCAGCCUUGGCCUCCUACAGACAUGAAGUCUGCUAUCUACAAGAGCAAGCCGAGCAGACAGUGAAGCAAAGAGACAAACUGAAGCAUGAUUUGGAGAAAUUGGAAAAACGGAACUUGGAGUUUGUCAAAGAGAUGGAUGAGUGUCACGUUGCCAUGGAACACCUCAACGAAAGCAAAAUCAAACACCUGGAAGAGGACUACAGAGGAAAAUUGUCCCUACUUCGAUCUGAAAUUGAGAUGGAGCGAGAGAUGCUCUGGCAGCAGGUGAACAGACAGAGAGCCAAGCUUGAAGCAGACAUUGAGUAUCUACAAGGGGAAGAGGUGUGCCUUCAGGAGAAGCUGACCUUGGCCUUGAAGGAAAAUAGUCGCUUACAGAAGGAAAUUGUGGAGGUCGUGGAAAAGUUGACAGCAUCAGAAAAGCUGGUAUCAAAGCUACAGAAUGAUCUUGAAUUUGUGUUGAAAGACAAGCUAGAGCCACAUAACCCUGAGCUCUUCAGUACAGAAGAACGGAUCACAGAAGUUAUAAAAGAAUAUGAACUCAAGUGUAGGAGGGUAAAGGACCUAAGUGACAGGAAUGAUGAGCUGCAAAUCGAGUUGGAAGGCCUGCGCUCCCAGCUGCAUGAAAGCAAAUACCGUCAUUCACGGAGUCCAGAGAAGGACAGUGUGCCAGAUGGAUACAUUCUCUAUGCUGAUGAUCAAGAAGAAGCAAUACAGAGAGUCAAUUGGGCCCUUCAAAUGAGGAGAAGUCUGUCUGCUACAGGCAAAAAUGGCAUCACUUCUGUUGGUGAUGAUCACGUACCAGUGAGUAUAGAAACAGAAAUAAUGUUAGAGCAACUCAAAGAACAUUAUCAAGAUUUCAAGAUCAAACUGGAAACCAAGGUAAAUUACUAUGAGCGAGAAAUAGAGCUCAUGAAAAAGAACUUUGAGAAGGAGAGAAAAGCCAUCGAGCAAGGCUUUAAGAUGGAGAUCAGUGAGUUAGAAGAACAGAAGGCUGAUCUGGAGGAGCUGAAUUUGAAAUCUCAAGAGCUGAUUGAAGGCCUGAAAGAUCAGAUCCAAAACUCAACACAGAGCCAAGAGCUUGAGAGGAAAUUAGAGAAAGAGAGGUCAGAAAUGGAACAGUACUACGCAAAGGAGAUUUCAAAUCUAGGGCAACGGCUGGCCCAAGAAAAGGACCAACUAGAAGAAGAACUGAAAUUGAAGCAUCAGAAUGAGCUGCAGUUAAUGAGAAUCGAGUUGUGUAAACUUUCUGAAGAUAACCGUUUACUAAAAAGUAAGCUAAAAAGGUUUCAGCAGGAGCUAGAAGAUACAGCAAUAGAAGGGGACCAACAGAAGAAGCAAAUAGAAGAAUUACAGAGAGAAAAGGAAAAGGCUUUCUCUGAAAUAGAAGAGUAUAGUAAACAGACAGAGAAGCGCAAGAAUGAAAUAUCCCAGCUCAACAUCAAGAUCAGUCAGUUGACUGAUGAGGUCUCUGUGCUACAGGCUCAGAAUGAGAGCAGCCAACAAACUGUGCAGCAGUUAACACAGAGACUUACAGAAGAGGGAUGUCGGAAAAAGGAGAAGGAUAGUCAAAUGCAGCAACUGGAGCUGGAGCUUGAACAGGUGAAUCAAGAAUGCAGAUCUCUGAGACUUUCAGAAUCACAGCUGAGAGAGAAGCUUGACGAAAACCUGGGUCAGUUACUAGAAGCCAAGGCAAAGUUGAAGCUGGCGCAGUCCCAACACACAGAGGAGAUGUUUCAAGUAAAGGAGCAGAUGUGCCAGUUGGUGCCUCAGGAUUAUGUGACUGAGUUACAGAAUGCAUUGGCAGAAGAACAACAGACAGUCCAGCAUCUCCGGGAGGAUUUUAAAUUCCGCACAGAGCAAGCGAGUAGACAACUGGCAAGCCAGAAGGAACACCAUGAAGAACAGCUUAAAAAUAUGGAAGAGAGGGUGGAAGAGGUAGAAAUGAAUUUGAAAAACAUGGAAAUACUGUUGCAAGAGAAAGUGGAACAGUUGAAAGAACAAUUUGCGAAGAAUGCAAAAUCUGAUUUGCUGCUAAAAGACCUGUAUGUGGAAAAUGCUCACCUAAUGAAAGCUCUCCAGAUUACAGAACAGAAGCAGAAAGGUGCUGAGAAAAAGAAUUUUGUCUUGGAAGAAAAGAUUAUCGCUCUCAAUAAGUUAAUAAACAAGAUCACUCCAGCAUCUCUCUCUGUGUAAAAACUAUUUAAAAAAUCCUUUUGAGAGGAUGUUCACAUUUCUAAGAAUCUUGCCAGUUAUGAACAACCAGCUAGUGGUCCCAUCAUACAGAUGGGGAUCACGAUAUUGGGGUCCAGAGUGGGAUCCACAUGUUGCCUUGAGGCUGCAGGUUCCUCACCCCUGGGAUGGACUGUCAAGUGUUCAUUGAGGGCUUCAACUGACCUUGGGUAACUUCCCAUCUGCCUCUCAACAGAGUUUAACUGCUUAUUGAUUGGGUGAUGGAGGGUGGGGUGGUUUCUUCAGGGAGAAAUGCAUGGGAGGGAAAAACAACAAAACACAUUUCAACAAAACAAAGGCUUUCCUUUGGUCUCCCCUGGCCCAGAUGAGCAGAAAGUCAUUAUCUUGCAAAUCUUUAUUAAGAUCGAUCAUUCCAUAGUUAUUUCCUUCUGACUCAGGUAAUUUUAACUUUUGUACCCAGGUAAAAACUAUGUAAAGGGGCACUCUCACUUCAUGACAUGACAAGUAGCUCUUUAUUUGUGAAUUCCCUCUUUUAGCAAAUUACCCUACAAUAAGGGAACUGCAUAGGUUGCACACAGGUCUAUGGGCUCAGGUCAUGAUGCUAUUUAUUGUAAAUGCAAUCUUCUCCCCUUGAGUUUUGUCUUUACACUGGAAGUUGUAUUAUAUGUAAAAAAAUGUAUAGUUUUUAUAUCUGUGCGUAUAUAAACCAUGGAUAUUUGGUUUAUCUAAAUGUAUAGCUAUAAAUGAAAUUACUGUAUUUGCUUUGGUACGUUUUCAAUAAGAAAAGUUUUAAUAUUAAAAAUGUCAAUGUCUGAAA